GUGAAAAUGGAAAUUUGUUUUUGAAUUUGUUUGUUUUGGUUUAGGUUUUCUUUCUCUCUCCACCGUGUUUUGUUGUUGAUUUGAUUUUGGUUUUGGUAACCAUCGAUUAUCAAUUAUCUCCAACAAUGUCGACGGCAAUAACAUCAUCAUCAUUACCGUUAGAUUCGACGAUGGCAUCAUCAACAUCAUCAACAUCGACAUAUCGUCAUGGUAAAUUUUCAGCAACAAUCGGUACAAUAGUUAGUGCACCAAUACGUGGUUAUUAUUAUCCUGGAAAAGUGAAAGCAAUCAAAAAACUAUUACCACCGAUAUCAUCACCAACAACAACAACAACAACAAAGCUGCCAAAAGAUUCAUCGGAAAAUGCCAAUAGCAAUAACAAUAACAAUGCCAACACUAAUAAUGCCAAUACCAAUGGUCAAUUGAUUUAUUCAAUACAAUUCGCUAAUCCAUUAGAUUCAUAUAAAUUUGAUUCCAUGGACGAAUCAAUUGCCAUUGGUAAUGAACAACAAUCAAAAUCAAAUAUCGAUAAUCAACAAUCGAUAUUAAAAGAUGAAAAUCUAAUAUUAGAUUAUACUGCUGAUCAAUUAAUUGGUCGUGGUUUUGAACCGAUAACACGUGCAUUAUUAAGUGAAAAUCAAAAAGUAUUUAUUACUUUUCGUAAUCGCGAAUAUCCGGCUUCGGUUUUAAAACAUAAUACCGAUACUGAUGAUGUUACAUUGGCCAUUGAUUUACCGCCAUCAUCAUCGUCGACAACAAUAUCAACCACAACUAACUCAUCGAACACACCCAUAUCAUCCAAUGAUUCACAACAACAGCGAGAAAUUUGUGUGGUAAGAUUGCAAGAAAUACGUUUGUUACCAUCAAGAAAAUCGGCUAGAAUCCAAGAACAUCCAGAUUAUAGUUUACUAGCAUCGAAUGGUCGACGAUCACCAUCAUCAAAUGAUAAUGGUGAUAUUCCAUCAACAACAACAAUGAAUAAUAAUGCAAACAAUAAAACUAAUAAACAACGACAACGUAAUCAAUCUGGUUCAAGUAUUUUAUUGACAAAUAACGGUGCUAGUGAUGAACCAAAUCUACCGCAUCAACAAUCGGCUUUUAUCGAUGUACCGCAAUCAACGAAUAAUCGUUUUGGUCAGCUACAUUCAAUAUCCGGAAGAAAAAGACGUCCAGCACAUCAACAACAACAAUCAUCAUCAUCGUCGAUCGAUACGAAAGCAAUAUCUCGAACAAUCAAUUCCAACAACGAUGGUUGUGGCUUAUCAUCGGCAUCAACCGAAGAUGUUGUUAUGGAUGAAUGUGCUGCUGCAUUAGUUUUGAUGAGCCUUUCGGCUUCACCACGUUCACCGACAUUGUUUACCAAUAAUAAUAAUAGUACCAUUUUCAAUGAACAAUUUCCCAAUGGAACAACGUCAGCUAAUACCCCGACCAAAUUAUUUAAAUGUACAUGGCGUGGAUGCAAACAUAGAACAUUUGUUCAACAUGAAAUUGAACAGCAUGUCCGUUUGGAACAUUUGCAAAAACAAAACGAUGAUGAAGAGAUGAUGAGCGGUGAUGAAGAAUUUUAUUAUACCGAAGUGGACAUUACAUUUGAUCCAAUCAUUAGUGCUGAUGCUAUUGUCGCAUUAGCUAAAGGAAAUGCUAACGGUUUUGGUGGUGGUGGUCAUCCAGCAUUUUCGAUAAAUCAUCAUCAUAAUAAUCACAAUUUAUCAUCAGGUCCUGAAUCACCGGUUUCUGUUUCCGAAUGCGGUGAUGGAGCAAGUAUCAGCAGCAGUAGUAGUGGUAUGAUGAUUAUGUCAAUAAAUGGUGAUAAUUCAAUGGAUUCAUCAUCCAAUCCACCAUCACCGACCGCAACAACAGCAACAAUGAACAUUGGCAAUGUUAUCAAUGCAAAUAAUCAUCAAUAUCAAUCCAAUAGAUUUUCAUCAAUAUCAUUUGUACCGGUUCAAAAUACUUAUCGCCAUCUAGAAGAUCAUGAGUAUAAUCGAAAACCAGAUCCGGCCGGUAUAUCCAUACUUGGUUCAACAACGAUACCGGCCACCAAUAUGACCACCACCACAACUAACAAUACUUCAACCACCGUUAUUAAUCGUCGUGGACGUAAAUCAAACAAUAAUACCACCGCCAAUAAUCAACAAACCACCGCAAUCGGAUUGAUUCAUCAACAUCAACAAUCAUCACAUCCGAUAAACAUUCCGAAUAAUAAUAAUAAUCAUAUGCAUCAGGAUCAUAUGAUCAAUUCAAUUAGUCAAUCAUCACCGCCAUUAUCAUCAUCAAUAUUUGGUCAUUCAUCAUCAUCAUUCGGUGGAUUCAAUUCCUUUGCUAGUUCAUUUAAUAGCAGUGGUUUUGGAUCAUAUACUGGCAGUAGUAAUAAUGGUAAUGGUUGUGGCAGCCAUAUCACAGCUUCCUCAUCAUUAUCCUCAAGUUUUAGUCCAAUAUCACCAACAUCUCGUUCACAUUCAGGCUCAUUUACAUCCCAAUCAUCAUCAUCAUCAUCGCAAUCAUCAACAUCAUCAUCAAUAACGGCUGGUAAUAAAUAUCUACGAAUAUCAUCAUUGAAUGGACGUAAUAUUCACCAUAAUGGUCAUCAUCAUUCUCAUCAUCCACAUAAUCAUCAUUCUCAUCAUAAUAAUCAUCAUCAUAAUGGUUCAACACCAUUAUCCCCACCAUCCACAUCAACAUCAUUGACCAAUCAUAAUAAUGUUAAUAAUAUUAAUGGACAACAUCAAAUUUCAUCCACAACUUUAAUACAGCAACAACAACAACAACAUCGUACAUCACCAACAAAACGCGUUCGUGGUGAAACACGUAAAUGUCGUAAAGUGUAUGGUAUGGAUAAAAAAGAUUCCUGGUGUACACAAUGUAAAUGGAAAAAAGCUUGUUCAAGAUUUACCGAUUGAAACAGCAAAUGCUCACAUUGAAAAGAUAAAUCUUCCAUUCUUUAAAAAACAAACGAUUUUUUCUAUUGAAAUUCGGAAAAAAAUUCGUCCAUAUAUUUUUUGCCUCAUAAUUCUCGUUUUUUUCUGGUGAUGAUGAUCAGUGUGAAUAAUAAUGUAAAAUUCUUCCAGAAUAUCUCUUCUUCUUCUCAUCUCACCGAAUACUACGAAUUAUUAAUUUUUGUUAUUUCCAUAUAAUCAGAUCGACACAAGCCAAAUCACACACACACACAGAGAGAGAAUCAUCAUAAUAAAUAUACCUCAUGUUAGGAUAGUUUUUUUUUCGUUCAUUUAACCAGUUUCUGUUUGUUCUUCAUUAAUUAAUCAGCAAAAUAUAUU